GACAGUGAUGCAGUCCAGCGCUCACGUCCGCAAAGUGGAAGAGCAAGCAGGUGAGGAAAGAGGACUAAAAGAGAGACAAGGAGAAAUUAAUUUAUCCUGGAUCAUCCCACAGAAGUAAAUGUGCUGUCUGAAACCUUAUGCGCUCUGAGGAUUUGCCACUUCAUUUCUGAAAGUUACAAGCCUGGAAGUUGUCAAAUUUAACAGCUCAUUUAAAGACCAAACAAGUGAUGUUGGAUGUUGUGUUUCACAGGACACGUGGGUAAAGCCUUGAAGCUUUUCAACAUACCUAAAACUUCACAACAUGAGGCUUUUUUAAAUAUAUCAUGUCAUAAGGCUUCCGCUGUCAUGGUUCUGGACUCUCUCUUAUCUGGUUUGUCCUUUCAUGGAAGCGAUUCACCCGCAGGGCGCUAAUCACAGAUGAGACGGAGGAAUAGUGUGUAAUUUGAGCAUUUAAAAUGAAGGAAUGAUUGCUUGUUUGCAGUGGGCUCUUCAAGAAAUCACUCCCGAGACUCAAACCUUCAUCAAUGGAGCUUAGCACCCAUCGGGACGCACGCCUGUCCGUUCAGGGGCAGGCUAGAAACGCCCAGUGUGUCUCCACCUCACCGCCUCUGCAACUGUCAAGCAGUGGCCUCAAGCAGGGUCACACGGGCUUUAAGAAAGUAUGUCGGAUCGAGGAGGACGUCCUGUGUCCGUUUCCCGGGUUGCCAGCGGGCGUGCUUGAAAUGAGGGUGAAGGAGGGCAGUAAAAUUCGUAACCUCAUGGGUUUCGCCAUGGCACGGAUGCAGGAUGAGACCGGAACCAGCGGUCAGACCGGACUGAGACAGGUCGUGUUCAGCGGGUCAGGCCGGGCUGUCACUAAAACCAUCACAUGCGCUGAGAUCAUGAAAAGAAAGAUUGGUGGUCUUCACCAGAUGACUAAAUUGCAGUACAAGGGCUUAAGAGAGGUCUGGGAGAGUCAGGAAGGAGGCGACUCGGAGAUGACCGUCCACCGAACACUUCCUUCAAUCAGCAUACUGCUCUCCAAAGACCCUCUGGACCCCCUGGAACCUGGUUACCAGCCCCCUGACAACGAGAAUGAGAGAACAAGAGAAGAAGCUUCACAGGCAGUGGAGAAAAGACCUCUGGACUCUGUUGACUCUUUGAUGGAGCCACCAGCAAAACGAUCCUGUCUUUAAGCAUUAUGGGUACAACAAUGUCCAACGAAGACAAUCAGGAACUUUCUGAUAAGAAGCCAAGGCUCAGAGAGGGGCCUAAAGCAGAGGUUCUUAACUGCUGUGUCAUGACCCAAAACUCGGUUCUGACAGCGUUAGCAGGGAAAAACAAUGCUCAAUGCAAAUAAUACAAUGCAUCUGACCAUAUAAUUAUGCAUAAUUAGGAACGCAAAGUUAAUCAAUUAAUAAACAAGUUUUCAAGACAAAGAUACCUGUUAAGAAUGUUUUUUGUCAUGUGUGUCCGAUCAGAUUUCAUCUGUCACUUGUCAGAAACUAGCCAAAUUAGGCAAAUGCCAACAUGGACAGGUUGUGUGAUAUGCACUCAUCCCUUAAAAAACCAUGAGCAAAACUACUUGAGGUUAAAGAAAAUACAACCCAAACUACAUUAAACACAGGUUAACCUGCAGUGAGGAUAAACAUGGUUUGUUUUGACCACUCUGAUUUGUGCUUUGUGUGGUAAAUUAUUGGCUGGCAAGAGCAUGAAACCAUUAGAAUUUAAGAGACAUUUAGAUACCCAAAGGUCAAUUUUCUUAUUCAGCCUAUGUAAUUUAGCAUAUUGCUGGGUCUAUGCAAAUCAUGGUAAUGUUAAUAAAUUUAAAUGUUUUUACGAAAAACUAUUUUGAUGUUCAGUGUAAAAUCUGGAUUCUGAGGCAAAUCCAUUGGAGAAAAACAGGCCCAUCAAACCAUCUCUCAGAAAGUUCAUCUUCAGAUCGACACAGAAUUGAGACUGGAAUGAUUUCAGUAUCAUUUAUAUGUAUGCUUUUAGAGUUUAAUAAUUACUCUAAUGAAAAAUGCUCAUAAUGCUAUCUGAAAAAUACAGACUGAAACAUUCUGCAUUAUAAAGAUCUUGUUAGGGACUGUUCAAACCAAACACAUUUUUGUUUUUCUGUCCAUGCUUUUUUUCCCCAAUGUUUUUCUAUGUAAACAUGCUCUAGACAGACAUCUUUAACCGUUGCUCCACAUCUCGCUGUUUUUUUUAUCAUCUCAUGCAGGAGCGCCAGUCAAGUUAAGAAAAAAUCAGAAACAAGAAAAACAAACGUCAACUUUUAAAAACGCGUCUCAAGACACCUGCAAUCUGCUCUUUUUUGUGGCACUGCAUCUAGUUUUGUUUUUCCAGUGUGAGCGGCCCCUUGUGAUGGCGUUUGAGAUACGUUACAAUAUGCUUUUCUGUUUCCUUGUUACACCUUACCACAGCUAAAUUAAACGCAUAAAGCAUGCAACUCACAGUAGACCAGAAAACGCAUCAGCUAUGUUCGGAAUGAAAUACUACUUUUGGCAUGCCUAAAUCUGCCACUGCGUCACACUAGAAAUUGAAGGUCAAGAUGAGCGCAUUGCAUUGUUGGAUACGGUAUUUCACACAGUAUGCUCUAUUGUGAACUGCACAUUUUGGCAGAUGUGGUGAGCCAUCUGUUAUUCCAUCCAUACAGAAUAUCUGCACAUUGUGCAUAAUAUACUUUCUAUAUACUGCAGCAAUGUAAUAGUAUAUUUUGAACACAACUAUUAACAUUUAUUUGGGGCUUCAUUCUACAGCACUAUAAAAAAAAACAUGUAGCUACAAUUUUCAUGUCCCUGCAAAUUUAUGUGUAAAUAAAGCACUUAUUAUUUGCAUACUAUGUGUUUUUUUGUUGUUGUUUUUUUUAAUGGACAGAAAGU